AUGCGAGGCCAGUGUGGCUCAAAACAACCUUUCGGUAAACAAUUAAAUUGCCCCUACAAUAAACCGGCUGAAGAGCCGGAUGAAGGUUUGAGGUUAAAACUUGUUGAAAUUUGUGGAUCACAAUUUGAAAACUCCUUAACAUGUUGUGAUGCGGAUCAAUUGGAUGAUCUUAGGGAAAGUACAAAACAGGCAGAGACAUUGAUUAGUGCUUGUCCCGCGUGUUGGAAGAAUUUUCUCGGUUUUUUCUGCACCUUUACAUGUUCACCAAAUCAAUCUACUUUCGUUAAUGUGACAUCAGUUGGUAAUUCUGUAACCGACGCUGAAAUCGUGACAAGUGUAGAUUUCUUUGUGGGUGAAAAUUAUGGAAAAGGUUUUUUUGAUUCCUGCAAAGAUAUCAAAUUUGCCGCAACAAAUGGAUAUGUUAUGGAUUUCAUUGGUGGUGGAGCAAAAAAUUAUCAUGAUAUGUUGAUUUACUUGGGUAUGGAGCGUCCAAUGAUCGGCUCACCUUUUCAGAUUAAUUUUCCACUCACUGAUCCAUUAAAGGAGAUGACCCCUUUUGAUGAGCCGGCGAUACGAUGUAAUGACACAGAUGUCAAUUAUCGUUGUUCUUGCAUGGAUUGCCAAUCAGUUUGUCCUAUUUUGGAACCAACACCGGAAGAAAAUCCUCCGUGUCGUGUCGGUUCUAUUAACUGUUGGUCAUUUAGUCUAUACCUAUGUUAUAUAAUUAUAAUAUUGGGUGUUUUUGCAGUAUGUUGUGUUAUUGAUCCCAAUUAUGAUGCUAUUGGGUAUGACCGUGUUCCUUUAACUAGCAUAGAGGUUAGAGUGCCUGAUGUACGACCUUCAUCCAAACGUUAUUGGCUUAACGGAUUACUACAAGAAUAUUUCUAUCAACAAGGUUUCAUUUGUGCAAGGCAUCCUUGGUAUACCAUUAUCUUUGCUGGGAUUUUCGUAUUGAUAGCCUCAUCAGGCUGGGCCUGUUUUGCUGUGGAAACUGAUCCUGUACGACUUUGGGUUGCUCCAAAUUCUGAUUCAGCAAUUCAUAAAGAAUAUUUUGAUCAAAAUUUUGGUCCUUUUUAUCGAACUCAACAAAUUUUUAUUACGAAUAAAGAUGAAACGCAAAGUAUCAUAACUUAUGAAAAUCUCAGGAAGUUAUUCAUAAUAGAGAAACAAAUUCGUGAACUCAAAUCGACCCCUCACAAUUAUACUCUACAGGAUUUAUGUUUUCAUCCCAAUGGUGAUGCGUGUAUUGUUCAAUCGGUCGCGGGUUAUUGGCAAUCUAACAUUGACAAUUUUAAAGAGGAAACUUGGGAAGAUGAAUUUAGUACUUGCACUUCUGCUCCUUCAUUUUGUUUACCCGAUUUUCAACAACCAUUAAAACCUGAUAUGAUUCUUGGAGGUUUCGACGAUUCAAAUUAUAAACAAGCAAAGGCUUUGGUGCUUACCUUUGUUUUGAAUAAUUAUUUGGAAAAGGAUAAAACAAAAAUGGCUGAAGAAUGGGAAAAAAAAUUGAGAAAAUAUUUACACGAAGUCAUUGAAGGUAAAAAUGAUGAUGUCGACGUUACUAAUAUUAAAAUAAGCUUUUCAACAGAAAGUUCUUUAGAACUUGAAUUAAAUAAAUCGUCAAACACCGAUAUUUUUACUAUCAUACUUUCGUAUUUGGUCAUGUUUCUAUAUGUAUCUGUGGCUUUGGGUAAUAAAUCAACUCUCCCACGCAUUAUUAUUGACUCAAAAUUCAUGCUAGGCAUUUGUGGUAUAUUCAUAGUUUUGGCAUCAGUUUCAACUUCGGUUGGAAUUUUCUCAUUCCUUGGAAUCAAGGUGACACUUAUUAUCGCUGAAGUCAUUCCGUUUCUUGUACUAGCCGUGGGAGUAGAUAAUAUUUUUAUUCUUAACCAUGAAUUCGAGAGAUUAACUUUAAGAUCAGGUGGUGGAGAGUCUGUUGAAGAGCGUAUCGCAAAAACUUUAGGUCGAAUGGGGCCAAGUGUACUUCUUAGUGCAUUGUGUGAAACUAUUGCAUUCGGUUUGGGUGGCAUAGUUACAAUGCCAGCUGUACGAAAUUUUGCUCUUUAUGCUGCUUUAGCUGUAUGGGUAGAUUAUUUAUUACAAGUAACAGUGUUCAUAGCGUUCCUAUCCUUAGAUGCUAAACGACAGGAGGAUGAUAGGAUGGAUUGCUUUCCGUGUAUUAAAAUUGAACAUGCACCAGAAAGAAUAGAUAGAGAAGGUACACUUCAAAAAUGGAUGAGAAAGUAUUAUGCACCGUUCAUAUUACAUAAAAAUGUUAAGAUCACAAUAAUAACAUUAUUUGUUGGUAUAUUUAUGGUUGGACUAAGUUUGGUACCUCAAGUUGAGUUAGGACUCGAUCAACGGAUUGCAUUACCUAGCGAUUCAUAUCUUAUUGAUUAUUUCGAUGAUUUGGAUAAUUAUUUCCGUGUCGGCCCACCCGUUUAUUUUGUUGCCAAAGAUGUAAACGUUACAAAAAAUGAAGGUCAACGAGCUUUAUGUGGACGUUUUAGUACAUGCGAACAAUUUUCGUUGUCUAAUAUCUUAGAGCAAGAACGCAAAAGACCACAUGUAUCAUAUAUAGCGGAGCCUACAGCGUCAUGGAUUGAUGAUUUCUUGCAUUGGCUUAACCCAUCGCUUGAAAUGUGUUGCCGAUACAAAAAGGAAAAUCCUGUUGAAAUGUGUGAUAUAUAUGAUGACGAAGAUGAUUGUCAGGUUUGUUUUGAAGAUCGAGAGCCUAAAUGGAAUAUUACAAUGAAGGGUCUACCAGAAGGGAGUGAAUUUCUAUAUUAUAUGAAUCUUUGGAAAAAUUCACCACCUGAUGAAUCAUGUCCAUUAGCAGGCAAAGCAGCAUACGGAGAUGCAAUAGUUUCAAGCCCAGAAACUAAUACAGUAGUAGCGAGUCAUUUCCGUACAUUCCAUACGCCUCUUAAGAGUCAACAAGAUUACAUAUCAGCGUAUCAUGCAGCACACCGUAUUAGUAAAUUAAUUAAAAAGAAAAACCCAACAGUAGAUGUAUUUCCCUACUCAGUGUUUUAUAUAUUUUUCGAACAAUACGAACACAUCGUAGGAUUAGCGGCAGAAAUAUUUGUAUAUGCAUUUAUAUCAAUAUGGGUAGUAACAGCAUUAUUGUUAGGUAGCGUAUGGACAGGAUUGAUAGUAGUAGGACAUGUGAUAAUGAUAGUUGUAAGUGUGCUCGGAAUGAUGGCAAUAUGGGGUGUAUCAUUAAAUGCGGUAAGCUUGGUAAAUUUAGUAAUAUGUGUAGGAAUAGGUGUAGAAUUUUGUGUACAUGUAGUAAGAGCAUUUGUAGUAGGAGGUGAAGGGGUAGAUAGAAAUGAGAGAGCUUACGGAGCGAUAGUAGAUGUAGGAAGUUCAGUAUUUUCGGGCAUUACAUUAACAAAAUUUUGGGGAAUAUUAGUAUUGGCGUUUACUAGGAGCAAAAUAUUUGAAGUAUAUUAUUUUAGAAUGUAUGUUAGUAUGGUUAUAGCAGGAGCAUUACAUGGGUUAGUAUUAUUACCAGUGGUGUUAAGUUUAAUUGGAGGUGAAGGUGUUGGGGUAGGAGAAGAUUUUGAUUAUGAUGUUGUUGAUGAGGUACUUGGAGGAAGACCUAUCAGAAGAUCAGAUAACAGAAUGUUUGUAGAUGAUGGAGGAAUUGAAAGUGGAGAUAGUGAUACUGAAUUGUAA